AUGAAAACCGUUCCAUAUCGAGAAGCUAUUGGAAGAAUUUUAUAUGCAACACUUAAAGCGGUUAAACGACUUUUCCGUUACAUAAAAGGAACAAUAAAUUACAAGCUAGAAUACACUCGAGACAAUGAAGGAUGUUUAGAAGGUUUUUCGGAUGCUGACUGGGCUAGUGACUCAGAUGACAGAAAAUCAACUACAGGUUAUAUCUUUAAACACCAAGGGGGACCUAUUUCGUGGAAUGCAAAGAAACAACCUACUGUCGCUCUCUCCACUACAGAGGCUGAGUAUCUUUAUUGCGAGAACUAA